CCCAAACCCUAGGUCAGAUCCCAUCGACCCCCCCAUCGCAUCCCUCCUCUCCUCGCAGCCGCCGCCACCUCCUCCCUCGAUCCAGUCCUCUCCCCGGCCUCCUUUCCCCGAUCCAGUCCUCUCCCCGCCGCUCCCACCCACCGCCGACCUCGCAGCCCUCCUCACCACCGCCGCCGACCUCGUCCCUCCCUUCCCUCACCAUCUCUCCCUACCCUAUGCCCCAGAUCGAGUCGAGCAGGUCGGCCGACGCGCUAGGGUUCCGUCCCUCCGGCCCUGCCGUUGCCGCGAUCGCCCCGGCGCUCCCCGCUCCGCCCCCACCCGACCCCCAACACACUGGUGCUCUCCCCCCUCCCGCAGCCAUGGCGGAGAAGCUGAGGGUCUAGGGUUCCGGCGAGAUGUCGACGGCGAAGCCCCUCCCCCGCGGCCAAUCGCGGCGCCCCCGCCCCCCUCCCCCGCGCAGGCGAGGCGGAUUGGCGGCCUUGGCCACGCCGAUCUGGCGGACACAGCCUCGAUCCGGAGGGAGGGAUUUGGCAGCCAUGGUGAUGGGGGUCGCCUCCCUCCUCCCUCCCCUCGCCGGAGCUCACCGGCGGGGCCCUGGGCUGGCGCGGCUCCCGCGAACAGAAGCCCGUCGCAGCAUCGCACAGCAGCAAGCCCAUCGCCCCAGACCGACGCACGGCGACCUCAGCAACUCCGGACAGGAUGGUCGCGGUCAGGGUGAGCCCCUCUUACGCUUCCACCAGUACCAGGUCGUCGGGAGGGGCCUGCCGACGCCGACGGAGGAGCAUCCCAGGAUCUACCGCAUGAAGCUCAGGGUCAUGUUUCGUUGUGCAUCAGCUAUACUGUGUCUGCGACAAGAGGGGAGGACUGCUUUGCAAUCUCAACGUACCCUAUUCAUCAGAGACAACAUCUCCGUGGGCGCCUCCGUGUGCUCUUUUGGCAGCUCGGAGCCAUGCUGUCAGAGCUCUUCACCAACUGGACCAUCUACACCAACAAGGCGGCGACGCUGGUGACGCUGCUGUUCGUGAUCGCGGUCAACCUGGCGAUCAGCAUCCUGCCGCACAUGAUGCGCCCGGCGCCAUGGAGUACCUCAAGGGCAUGCUCGCCUCCCCCAGCAUCCCGAUCUCAACGAGCCUAGCGGCCGCCGUCCUUGUCCUGCUCGAGGAGCAGGAGGAGGAGGGGCGCAUCUAGCCAGCCACAAAGGGCCUGCUCUGUACCACCACAUCAUCGGCCUUCUGCAGCAUCGAGUUCAAUAUGUCAGAUGACCCUUCCUAUCCGUCUGAUAUGAUGGUCAAUAGUUGCUUGUAGAUGAAUGAUGAAGUGUUGCUGUGAAUGUGAAUGAGUAGCCACAAGUCUGUUUGCAUCAUUGCCAUAGCUAGUGAAUGAGCAGCCACAAGUCUAUUUGCGUCACUGCCAUAGUUACCUGAAUACAAAUGAGCAGCCACAAGUCUGUCUGAUAGAAUUUCCCCAAAACUAUGUGGGAAAUUUGGUUAACCUUGUUGAUAUCAGAUAUCAUUCUAACACCUGAUUAGCAUA